CCAUCACACAGCUCUCAUUCUCCCGUGUCUCAUGCGGUGAUACAUACUAGAGAGUUUUUACUACUCGAGCAAUAUUACACACGGGAAAGAGCAGCACUGAGAGAAAUUUUACUUGACGCUAUUCAUCAUGGCGCAAUCACCCGUGGCCGUUGUCUGCGUGGGCAUGGCAGGCUCUGGAAAGACGACUUUCAUGCAGCGAAUUAACUCGUACCUCCACUCGCAGAAGAAGAUUCCUUACGUUCUGAAUCUGGACCCCGCCGUGUACUCCGUACCGUUUGAGAGUAACAUCGAUAUCCGUGAUUCCAUCAAUUACAAAGAGGUCAUGAAACAGUACAACUUGGGCCCCAACGGUGGUAUUCUGACGUCGUUGAACCUCUUUGCUACGAAGGUGGAUCAGAUUAUCGCGCUGUUGGAGAAGCGUACCGCUCCGAACCCAAGUAACCCGUCUGCGAAGCCUAUCGAGCAUAUCCUGGUCGACACCCCCGGACAGAUCGAAGUCUUUGUAUGGAGUGCAUCGGGUAGUAUCCUGCUUGAGACCCUGGCUUCCUCGUUUCCCACCGUGAUUGCAUAUGUGAUUGAUACCCCACGGGCAAGCUCCACGAGUACUUUCAUGAGUAAUAUGCUUUACGCUUGCAGUAUUCUCUACAAGACUAAACUACCAAUGAUUCUGGUGUUCAAUAAAACCGACGUUCAGGAUGCUGAAUUUGCAAAGGAGUGGAUGACCGACUUUGACGCCUUCCAGCAGGCUUUGCGGGAAGAAGAGGAGUCGGGAGCCUUCGGAACAGAGGGCGGUGCUGGAGGUUUCGGGUCAGGAAGUGGAUACAUGGGCUCGCUACUGAACAGCAUGAGUCUGAUGCUCGAAGAGUUUUACCGGCAUUUGAACAUCGUGGGCGUGAGCUCAAUGACCGGAGACGGCAUCGACGAGUUCUUCCAAGCGGUCGAAGAGAAACGUCAAGAGUUCGAGCGUGACUACAAACCGGAGCUGGAGCGUAAGAAGCAGGAGCGCGAAGAGACCCAAGCAGCCCACCGGGAACAGGAACUGGGCAAGUUGAUGAAAGAUAUGAAUGUCUCUGGGUCUAGUAAGGGCAAACGUGCCGAGAACGAGGCGGAAACCGUCAGUGAAGCGGAGGAGGAGGAAGAGGAACUCGCGGCUGCCAAAAAAGGGGAGACUACGAGGAGCCUGAGGAGGAGGAUGAUAGUGAGGAUGAGUCGAGUGUUCCUCGGGCUGCCGAUAAUGAUGGGCUCUCUCAGCGGUAUCAGGAUGCACUUGCCGAUUCUAAGGGCGCGCCAUCCGAUCAGGAUCUUAGCUUUGCUAGAUACUUGCGAGCGAGCCAGAUGA